GACCGAUUGAUCUCAGUAUCAGUUGUCUAUGUAUGUGACCGUAGUGUCAGUUGUUUGGAAAUGAGUUUCACAAAAUGCAGCUGAGCUUAGGAAAAUCCAAGCAGUUUUAAUCAAUCCAGAAACCACUUAAAAAAAGAUGGGUAAUACGGGUUCUGGAAAACGAGACAGAGCUUAUUCUUCUGAUACAGAGUGUGCACCAACAUCCCCUAGCAGAGAUGAAAAGAACUAUGAAACUGGAAAGAAAAACAAGAUAAUAUAUCAGCCAUCAGUAGAUGAUGUUGAGGAUUUUCCUGGUUCUCCUAAGGAAGUGGAUUUAAGUACAAGUACCAACACUUUACCAAUUGGUGUCAACCAGAGUGAGACAACAUUGCCGACUGUUUUCAAAUGGGAAUUAGGAGGGAAGGAAGUUUACCUGAGUGGAACCUUUAGCAACUGGGAACCCAUAAAGAUGAUCCAUAGCCACGGAGACUGUGUCCUGAUACUGGAUUUAGCAGAAGGUGAACAUCAGUACAAAUUUCUAGUAGAUGGUCAAUGGCAUCAUAAUCCUAAUGAGCCAAUUUGUGACAAUGGAAUGGGAUCAAAGAACAAUGUUGUCAGAGUAAGGAAAGAAGACUUUGAAGUAUUUGAAGCCUUAGCUAUGGACAGUGUCAACACUAGUAGUGGCUCACAAACUGAUAUCACUGGUUCUCCCCUUGGUGAAUAUUCUCAAGAAAGUCCUCAACGACGUCCUCACAAUAAAACACCUGGUCCACCUGUUCUCCCACCUCAUUUGCUUCAAGUGAUUCUCAACAAGGAUAUUCCAAUCUCGUGUGAACCAACGCUACUUCCAGAACCAAACCACGUCAUGCUUAAUCACCUCUAUGCUCUCUCAAUAAAGGAUGGUGUUUUGGUACUAAGUACAACCCAACGUUAUAGAAAAAAAUAUGUCACAACAGUGUUUUAUAAGCCAAUUUGAUGACAGAAACUUAGUGCAGACUGCGAACAAUAAGACUCUUUAGAAGAUGUGGAAUCAUCUUUCAUCAUUGUAGAGAUGACCAUAAAAGAAAAUACACCUGUGGAGCUAUUAAAAUGAAUUCUUAUUGGUCAGUUACAGGGUGUUAGAAUAGAAAUUAAGUCAGUAUCCUCUGCAUUUUUAUUUAUUCACAGCUAAGGUCAACACUAUUGUGAAAUAUGAUCUUACCUAGAACAUUUGUGUAUUAGCUUGGCUAAGCAGUGUUUAUUUACCAACCAUGGGAGAGUAAAAACAGUGGUUCUUGAAGAUAUUUUGGAUAUUAACUGUUCAUAUGAGUCGAACACUGAUUUUUCUUGCAAGUUUGUUAUGUGAGUUACAAACAAGACACCUCAAAUGUUUUAGAUUAACGUGAUUGUGUUAAACACAACACGUAAGAGAAUCUUAAAUUUACACAUCUAAAAUAUUUUGUUUUCAUUUUACAAAUUUAUAACGGUUUCCAUCACGUGUUAGGGACUUAUUUUUUACUUAUUGCCUGUUAUUUAGAUUUUUUUAAGUACUUAAAGCCACCAUGUAAUCCCUCCAUGUUUCCAGGGCUGUACCAAUCAUUGAUGACACCCUGUGUGAUAUUAAUUUCUGCACCCCUUUCUUAAAAAAAUUCUAUCCUUGUCUUCAAGGAUGCAAACUUACACCCCUUAAAUGUCUGUGCUCUGUGUGGGUGCACCAUUCACACUACCCUUCAUGUUUCCAAUGAAUAAUUUUAUGAUAUACAGAUACUUAAAUAUACGUUAGGUUUGAUAAACUUAACACUUACAUAAAUGUUACUAUUAACUAGAGGUUACGGACUCUGAACUUUGUAGUUUUCAGUCAGAAAUUUAAAUUGAAAAUUUAUUCAUACCAUUAGAAUAAGAAAGAAAUAUUCACGAAAAACCUGUUUUUAUGACUAAAACUUUUGAUUUCUGUAAGUCUUUAUUUUAAUUAUUAUUAUGAAAAUUUCAAAAAAGCUUUCAGUUUAGCUUGGAGUAAAUUAUAUUUUUAUACAAGUAUUCUAUUUGGGAUUAAUCCAUAAAAAUUUGUGCAUGGCUCAUUUCAUAUGUAAGGAUAGUUUUAAAAAAAAACUAAAGUGUUUGAUGUUUGAAAUAUUUACUUAGGUAGAUUUAAGAGGAUAAGAAUUUCAGCUUUACUUGAGAAAUAGGACACUGUUUAGCUUCAAACUGUAGAUUAACCCUUAGUUUGGAAUAAGUUACACAACUGCUGAAAAAAAAAAAAGAUUCAUUAUUGUGGUUUGUUUGAAGUUUGUUUUUUUAUUGUUGUAGGUUGUAUUAAGACAUGUCAAUGCUGGAAGAUGGUUUGGAUAUUUUAUGGAGUUUUGAAGCUGCAUUACAGGUGUAGAUCUAUCACUAUAUGUAGAAUAGAAAAUUUAACAUACACACACACACACACACACACACUAGAAUAUAAAUAUAUAUAUAUAUAUUGUCUGAAAAAAUUACUAUAGUUAGAGAACUUAUAUUUCUAUCAGCAGCUUUUAUAUUGAGCAUGGCUGAAACCAGCUACGUGGCCUGUAUGUAUGUUUGAACAAACCAAAAACCCUCCGGGAAUUGCAUAGAAUGGCUGUGAGAGGGCUAAAAUUUCAAAUUUUUUCUUGGGGGACUUGUAGCACCCCCCCAAGUCCACAGCUGAUUGUCAUUUCUUGCCUCAAUAAAUUUAUAUCUCUGGUUAUGGCCAUGUUGAGGGUCUAUAAUUAUCUUGCUCUCCCAUUAUGAAUACUUGUUUGUGUUAAACCCAUAUUUCCCACAGAUAUUCAAGGUAUCUUUAUCAAUUUAACCAGUUAUUUACAUCUAAUUAGUUCAGUAUUAAUACCAUUAUAUUCUGUAUAAUAUAAUUAUAUUUCACAAUUCUCUAACCGAUACGUUUACCACGUGUGUAGUUGUAAACAAUUUUUAGAUUAACUUAAAGAGCUGUCAAUAGAUGACAGGACACUUGAUAUGCGGGCUUGAUUUGUUUAGAAUCUAGAUAACUGACUUGCAAGAUUUUUUGAAAUCUAGUCUGAAAUGUUUUUGCUUAUUGUAAUAAAGCUUUUUUAAAGUCUUCCUGUCAGUAAAAUUCAAACUUAGAUAGUUGAAGUUAAUUAAAAUAAGUGAUAAAAUGCCAAGAAAUUGAAAAGUUAGAAGCUUCUUAUCAUAGUAUAUUAAUAUAUAUAUAUAUAUAUUUGUGAGUGAACAUUUUCUUCAAAUGUUUUAGAAGUUUUGAAAACCCAUUCAGGCUUGGUGGGUAUAUUAUUUUUUAGUCUGAAAAGCCAAAUUUUGUGUUAUUGUGUUGAAGUGUAUUUUUGCAUUUAGUGCUACUCUGCCAAUUUUAGUUUUUGUAUACAUUUUGGAAUGUUUGUGUUUACAUGCAGAGUUAGUUGUUGUAUAUGAACAACGAAAAAGGUGUAUCUGCUGUCAAUAUGUAAAGAUAUAUUUUACAAGUUAUAUCUGAGUUGAAAUCCUUUACACAUAUAUUUAUAACACUUUGGUUUUAAGCUGAAACUGCUUUUUAUAUAUGAAUUAAAUGUUUAUUUGCAUACGUUUAUUUUCACUUUUGAGAGGUUAACUAUUUGGAAAUCUAAGCUACUUAGAAAAAUAUUCAGAAGUUACUUUUCUUGAGUAUGUUCCUACCUAUUUAUUUCUCUCUCUCUUAUUUUAUGGAAAGAACAAAGUAUGAUAUAUAAAAGGUUUUUUGGAUUUGGUCCACUUUUUUUUUAGAAUAAUUCCUGGAUAUAUAUAUAUAUAUGAAAUUGUAAAUAUUUAUUAACCAUUGCUAUAAAUUUUCAAACCUUUUAACUUGCACAUACUACAGUAUUUUAGUCAAGAAUAAAUAUAGCCUAGGUGUCGAUUUUACAAUAAGUUUGUCAUUUACUCAAUGGUUUGUGAUCUAACAUGCAAAAAAUUCAGUUAAAAAUUGUUCUACAGUAUGUUCACUGCGUAUAAUUUUUUUCAGAAAAGUUUUCUUUUCAAGCCAAAUGUUUUAGUUACAUGAAAUAGUAUUCAUAUAAUACUAAUACAACUCACACUUUUCUUUACAUUCACCUUGUUGAUUAAGGCUUGAGAUAAAAAUAAAGAAAAAGAGGUUUAAGACAAAUCAGAGCACUUUUUUAAGUCCUAAAGUCAUGCUACCUUCUAGAAUAACUUAUAUUACUGAAUUAAAUACUAUUUUAGGAUUACACCCAUUAGGCUUAGAUCAGGCCUCCAAAAUUGGUAGGUAUUCCUACCAGAGGAAAUUGUAUUACCCAAAAUAUUUCAAAUGUUAUUACCUUCAAACAAGUGAUGAGCAUAUAUGUUGCUCAUACCUAGCAAAAGUUGUGCAGAUAAGCCAUACAGUUUAUCUAUAGCAGAAACGUAAGAAACGUGUUGUCUACAUGAUAAAUUUUUGAUUUUAAUGUUGAGAUUUGUAGCAUGACAAUUUGAUUAUAACGAAGGUACGUUAGUGAACUUUGUAGUUGUUUGAAAUAAAUUACUUCAUUUUGUUAUUUUAAUGAAUAAGUAUAUUACCCUUUUGCCUUGUGGAACCAAGAUACUGUUCCAGUGAAAAACUGUUUAAAAAAAUCUUCCUUUAACUUUAUUAUUUGUAUUUUUUAUUAAAAUAAUUUGGCUUUACUUUGAAAUAUUUUGCAGGUUAUAGGGUAAGGUUAUGGUGUAUCUUAUACAGCCUAGGUGAUAUUAACACACAAAUAGUUUGUGUAGAAAAGAUGAGUGAAUGAAGGAGCAAUAACAGUAUUACAAUGUAAGUUAUUUAUAAGGACUGAGUAAAAUUGUUCUUUUGAGGCAUUAUGGGAAAUCUGUUGGGAUGCUUAUUUUUUUGGGUUACAGACCAUUAGAUAAGUGUGCAUCUGAUGCUUAAAAAAUGGAAGGUAUUGAAAAAAUUUGUAAGUUAUUUAGUCAUUUUGGUAAGUCCACGUCUGUGACUUAAGCAUGUUUUGGGGUUUAUAUAGUAUAUCUUGUAAAAAUAGUAACAGGUUAUUGCAUUUUAAACACAGCAUUUUUUGUUUAGCAAAUCUUUGAUAUGAAUUAAAAAGUAUAGUAUUUUGUUAGGACCACUAGGGUUAUAUACAAAUAACAUAUGCUGUGAUAUUUGAGAGUUUUCCUGAAAAAAACUGAAUAUUUCUGAAAGAGAUCUUUAUGGAUGAGGUUGAAGUAUACAUUGUAAUUUAGCCCUGUAAAAACUUGCAACUAGUUUGUGCAACAAUUUAUCAUAAAUAGAUUCCUAUUCAGAAAUACUGCUAUAGAAGUUAGAUAUUUUGAUCACUUAUUUUGCAGGCUGUACUUAUUUCUUUUGUUUACUUAAGUGAUAUGCAUGAAAGUCUUAAUGACUAUAAUGUGAAAUUGUAGGAUAGUUUGUUUUUGUGUUCUAUUGUUUAUGUUAAUGCUGUUUUCUAAGUAAAACCUUCAAAAACACAAUUUAGUGUGUGAUGUCCAAUUGAUAAACUCAAGACUACGGGCCCAAAACGACCCGGCAUGGCCAGGUGGUUAGGGCGCUCAUCUUGCAAUCUAAGGGUCGCGGGUUUGAAUCCCAGUCCCACCAA